AUGGCACUGCUGCAGGACUGGGGCUGCCGCGGACCCCCGGACCCCGAGGGCUACAGCAGCAGCUCGCCCGCACCCUCGCCCGACUCCUGCGGCCUCUCGUCCCCCGCCACUGCCCGGGGACCCUGCUGCGGCCCCGCCGCCCCCCGCCUGCGGGGUGGCCCCGGGGGCAGGAAGGGGGUCCGGGGCCUGGGGCCUGGAGGCCCGCGGCAGAGCGCCAGCGAGCGGGAGAAGCUGCGGAUGCGGCGGCUGGCACAGGCGCUGCUGCGGCUGCGGCACUACCUGCCGCCCGCGCUGGCACCUGCGGGGCAGAGCCUGACCAAGAUCGAGACCCUGCGCCUCGCCAUCCGCUACAUCGCCCACCUCUCGGCCCUGCUGGGGCUCAGCGAGGAGGUGCUGGCCCGGCGGCGGGGGGUGGCCCCCCAGCACUGCCCCCUCUGUCCCCAGGGCCUGGGGUGCUGCCAGCCUCCGGACCCCCGCCUGCACUCGCCGGCCCCUGCUCCACAGGAGGCUUCGCCCCCCAGCACUGUGGGCUGGGGAUCACCUCCUGUAGUGGGGACCCCCCCGGAGCUGCACAGGGCUGCUGGCAUGGGGACAGGGGCCUGGGGAUCACCCCGCUAUGGCCCCACUGCGGGGACCCCCCCAGAGGUGCUUGGGGUUUCCGACAUGGGGACACGGGCCUGGGGGUCGCCCCCUUACAUCCCUGCCAUGGGGACACCCUCGGAGCUGUAUGGGGCUGUCACCCCCAACACGUCCUCCUGGCUGUCCCCUCCUCACUGUGCAGGGGCAGGGGCCCCCCCGGACCUCCCUGGCGACCCCCUCCUGGACGCAGGGCUGAUGCUGCCGGAGUUGGUGGAUGCAGGGACAGUCACCCAGGAGCUCUCUGCGGACCUGCUCUCUCUCUUGGAGGCUCUGCUCCCGCCGCAGCCCCAGGACUGA